AUGGCCGAUGUCAGUAACUCGUGCCAUGCCGUGCUUAACAGGCACUCGUUCCCAGCAACUUUGGCCACUUGUGAAAUAGAUGACAAAGCUACACAAUUACAUGCAAUCGCAUCGUUAAAAGUGUUAUUAGAUGUUACAAAAUCACAAAAUGGCAAGGCAACUUCAGCAUCAGCAACGUACGUUAACAGUGGUUCUAACGAGUUAAUUUUCGAAUUACAAGAGGCUGCAAAAAGUACCACUUCAGUACAGUCAGGAUCUAUUUCAGGAGUACAGUACAUACUAAAUGGACAAAUUUCCAUUGGCAAUGAUUCAGGAUUAGAGUCGGAGGAAGAUGAAAAUCACCAGGAAGCCCUUAACAUGAUGUGGCCAACUUCAUCUCAGAAGAGAAUAACUUACGUUCUUGUAGCACCAAUUCUGUUUCCGUUGUGGCUCACACUACCGGACACUCGAACACCAAAAG